CCACGCGACCAACGAGUGAGCCCGCGCCCUCCACGACAACAUGCUGCUCCGCGCCCCUCCCCAGACGCUGUGGCCGUCGCCGCGGCCGCGGCUGCUCUCCCCCGCGCCGCGAUGCUCCAAUUCCAACGACGCCCAGCCGUCGCCGGCGCCUUCAUCCCAAACGGCCGCCGCCGGCAGCGUUCGUCGCCUGGUGCUCCCACCCGAGGGCCGCGCGAAGCUGGACCCGCGCCCGGACCGCGACUUCUACGCGUUCCCGCGGCUCGUGACGCACGUGGACGACGGCUUCAUCGCCGCGCUCACGGACCUCUACCGGGAGCGCCUCUGCGCCGGGUGGGACGUGCUCGACCUCAUGAGCUCCUGGGUCAGCCACCUGCCGCCGGAGGUCCCGUUCCGCCGCGUCGUCGGCCACGGCCUCAACGCGCAGGAGCUCGCCCGGAACCCGCGCCUCGACUACUUCUUCGUCAAGGACCUCAACACGGACCAGCAGCUCGAGCUCGAGAGCGGCAGCUUCGACGCCGUGCUCUGCACCGUCAGCGUGCAGUACCUGCAGUCCCCUGAGAAGGUGUUCGCGGAGAUCCUCCGGGUGCUGAAGCCGGGGGGAGUGUGCAUCGUGAGCUUCAGCAACCGGAUGUUCUACGAGAAGGCCAUCGCCGCGUGGCGGGAGGGCACCGCGUACAGCCGCGUCCAGCUCGUGACGCAGUACUUCCAGUGCGUGGAGGGGUUCACACAGCCCGAGGUGAUCAGGAAGCUGCCGUCGGCUGGCGGGUCGGCGUCGGUGUCGCCGCUGGACGCCGUGAUGAGGCUGUUCGGCAUGGCCAGCUCCGACCCGUUCUACGCCGUCAUCUCGUAUAGGAACUUCAAGCCAAUGUAAAGCCAUAGAUAGAUUACCAAAAAAAAUUGCUACAACUGGGAUCUGUAGUGAGAAAGAUAGUUUGCAGAUGUGCACUGGUACUCCAGUGGCGAUCAGCUGAAAGUUAAGGUGCAGAGACAUCGUACAUCGAACAACAGAUUCAGACA